UAGUCCUCCUUCAUUCAAUCUCUUAUUGUCUACUUCAACUGAUUCGUUUAGUAUGGAUCAGGAUCUCAUUCAAGCGAUCGAGACGAAUGCAGGGUUUUUGAGCUUAGUGAAAGAGAAUAAUGAAACGAUCAUAUGGCAACGAACCGAGGAGGCUUUGGACACGGUGUUGCAUCUCGUGUCGAGAUUGGGACAUGUUGAGAUGGCGAAGGAAGUGGUGGAGUUAUGUCCUGAGAUGGUUGUGGCAGAGAACAAGAACAUGGAAACGCCAUUUCAUGAAGCUUGUAGAUAUGGACAUGUGAAGAUUGUAAAAGUGCUUUUUGAAACCAAUCGUGGGGUUGUUUAUAAACGGAAUAUUGAGAAUUUAAGUGGGUUUUUUGUUGCUUGUUCCAACGGUCAUCUUGAUGUGGUGAACUUUUUGUUGGUUGAAAUUGGAAUUUCAAGUUGUUUGGAAGAAAAUGCUUAUGAUCAAACUUGUAUUCAUGUUGCUGCCUCCAAUGGACACACAGAUGUAGUAAGAGAGCUAGUAAAUGCAAGUCCAAGAGUAGCAGAAAUGGCAGAUUUGAACGGAAACUUGGCGUUGCACAUUGCUUGCAGCAAAGGGGUAAGAGAGAUGGUAUGGACAUUACUACAACGAGAUGCAAACAUGGCGAUGCAUUACAACAAGAACGGGUACACGCCAUUGCACUUGGCCGCCAUGAACGGGAAAGUUGCAGUUCUUGAAGAUUUCUUGUUGAUGGCGUCUUCCGCGUUUUACCAAUCGACCAAAGAAGGAGAAACUGUCUUCCAUCUCGUUGUUCGGUAUGGUCGAUACGAUGCCUUUGUGUACUUGUUCCAUGUCUGUAAUGGAGGCAACCUCUUGCACUCUCGCGAUCGUUAUAGUAACACUCUGCUUCAACUGGCUAUCGCCGGACAUCGAUAUCAGAUAGCGGAGUAUCUAAUCAGAAAAACAGGGGUUGAGAUAAAUUCCCGAAACUACAGAGGCCAAACCGCCCUCGACAUACUCGACCAAACCCAAGACACACCCGAAAUUCGCCGACUCGAAGACCUUCUGAUCAAAUCGGGUGGCCGGAGAAACGCCGAAAUUCUAUCCCCUUCACAAGACACCACCACAGAAAUAUCCUCCACAUAUCGGACCAACGCGGCCGCAUCUUCCUCCAGCCCCUCCUGGUGGAGUCACGUGGACGACAAAAGCCAAGAACUUCUCCCCCCAACAACCCCAAUCCGAUCCGAAUCCAAAAAAUCUAAUCCUAAAAAAUCGCCCCAAAUUACAACAACCAAUUACAGCUCCUCCCCCGCGAAACGGCAGCGUGUCAAAAUCUACACGGAAGGCCUCCAAAACGCAAGAAACACAAUCGUUUUAGUCUCGAUUUUAAUCGCAACCGUCACAUUCGCCGCCGGGAUAAACCCCCCGGGCGGAGUGAACCAACAAGUUGACGAGAAAAGUAAGAAAAAACUCGGUCAAUCCACGGUGGGCGACACGACAGCUUUCAAAAUCUUCACCGUAUGCAACGUCGUCGCUCUGUUCAUUUCCUUGGCCCUUGUGAUCGUUUUGAUCAGCGUGAUUCCGUUCCGGCGGAAGCCGCAGAUUCUGGUGGUGGCGGUGGCGCAGAAGGUGAUGUGGGCGGCGGCGGCGUUUAUGGCGACGGGGUACGUGGCGGCGAUAUGGGUAGUGAUCCCACACGAUGAAGAGGAAGGAGGGAAAGGGAAAUGGGUGGCAGUGGUGGUUGUGGCGGUGAGUGGGGGUAUUUUGGGGACUGUAUUUAUUGGGUUAAGUGUGAUGUUAAUUGAACACCAUUUGCAUAAAUUGAAGAGGAGAAAAAGGAUGAGAAUUAGGGAAAGUAAAGAGGAAUCCGCCAUGGAAAUGGAAGAUGUAGAGAGUUUGAAUUCUGAUAUUGAGCAUUGUUGUGAAAGAGGAUAUCGCUCUUUCUAAACCUUUAUGAUCAAUACUUUUCUUUUAUUGGAGUAAAUAUAAAUUUUGACUA